GGGACCCCGCAUGCGAACCAACCAGAACUCAAAGAAUUGCCUUGACGAAAGGAUUUAUUCGGCCCAGCACGUCACCAUACGCCGCCCCGAUACUGUUCACGCCGAAAAAAGAUGGCGGAUUCCGAAUGUGCAUCGACUACCGCGCGCUCAACCGCAUCACCAUCAAGUCGCAUUACCCAAUCCCGCGAGCCGACAAACUCCUCGACCAACUUCGCAACACCAAGUUCUUCUCAAAAAUCGACUUGCGAGGAGGUUGCCAUCAGAUUUGCGUCGCCGCAGAGGAUUGUCACAAAACGGCAUUUCGAACCCGCUAUGGCAGUUACGCGUACCUGGUGAUGCCUUUUGGCCUCACAACGCGCCCUCGACGUUCCAAAUGAUCAUGAACGGAAUUUUCAGGGAACUCCUGGAUAAAUGCAUCAUCAUCUACCUCGACGACAUACUAAUCUACAGCCGCAGCAGGGAGCAGCACUUAAAAGAUCUUGAUGCAGUCUUCACGCUGCUGCACAAGAAUCGCCUCAUCACUAAAGGUUCUAAGUGCGACUUUCAUAACCGGGAGUUGGAGUUUCUGGGCCACAUAGUUUCUACCGAAUGAGUGAAAAUCGGCCCGAAAAAAGUCAAGACCAUACA